UUUGCAUACAUUCUAUCAUCCCAUCCCGUCCCGUUCCACUUGUGUGAUUUGUAUAAACUUGUAUGUUGUUGUUGUUUCAAAUUUCUCCAUUAUAUAUACUUUCCACAUCUUAUUUCUCUCUAGGGUUUGUAGCUUUCUCUCCUCUUUCCAAUGGCUCCAUACUUCUCUCUAUGUCACAGAUAUACGGCGUCAUUUUCGGUGAUCCAAUGGUGGUUGUUGAAUCCGAUUCGCUUUCCGGACAGAAGAGGAAACUGCCGGCGGUUGAUGAUGGGGGAUUGGAGCUACGGGUUUCGAAGAAGACGAAGGCGAAAGGAGGAGUGGUGGAAGUUGCGGAGAUGCUGCUUGUAUUGUCUGCAAUGGGGAAAAUGAGAGGAGGGAGAAGUCCAACUGAUGUAGAGAAGGAGAUGGUGGAGGAAGCUAGAGAGAGAUUGGCUGAGAUGUGUAUGAAGUUUGCGCCGAAGGAUGUGUUUCCAUGUGAUGGAUUUGGAGGUGUUAUUGAGGAACUUGGGCUUAAUAAGGUGAAGGAAAAGAGUAUUGUAGGAGGUGAUUGGCAGCCUCCUAAAAUGUCUAUUACUGAGAAGCUAAUGGCUACUAAAAGAAAGAUGGACAAGACGCAGGAAUUUUCUCUACCCUCCGCCAGCUACUCAUCUCAACGGUCUCAAACUGCAAUGGGUACAACAACUGAAAGACAUAAUCCAUCACAUAUUAAAAUGUUUCCUCAACCAAGUCAUGCAGUAAAUUCUUCAGGAAGCUUCCAAGCUGCUUCACCUAUGGGACGUGGGACUCCAGUAAGUUCUGCAUCUUUGCCUUAUCAGCUACCCACCAGUGAGGUCAGGCCUGUAAUCACUGGUGGAGUGUUAUCUGAUAAUCUUGUAAGGGAUUCUUCUUCAGUAGCACCUCCCAGAGUUGGAAGACAGCAUUUUCAAAUGGAUGGACGGCAAAGUGGAUCUUCCCAUGCAUUGCAAGUACAAGCAAGUACUGGCAGCCACUCAACUCUCAAAACUCCAACUUGGUCGGUGCUACCUGCAUCAGUUUCAGCAGCUAGACUUGGGGCAGAUAACAAGGUGACACCACAUGGAACUACUAAAGUUGAGGGACGUGCUGAUGUCAGAUCAACUAUGGUACCACAAGUAACAACAUCUAGGCCAUUUAUUACUCAGAGCACAUCUGGAAAUUCACCAAAUACAUACCCUCAUUUACGAGGCACGAGCUUUAGUCAUGCUCCUCCGAGCAUAAGCAAUACUCAUUCUGAAAUUGCCAAGAUUGUUCAGAAAUUUUUACAGCCCCUGCUGCCUGAGCCGACUGUAGAAUCCCGUGAUUACAUCAAUAAGGCUUUGACUUGCCAAAUGUGCAUGUCAACAAUAAAUGAGGUUGACAAUGUUCUUGUGUGUGAUGCUUGUGAAAAAGGCUAUCACCUAAAAUGUCUCCAAACAACAAAUAAAAAAUGUGGCCCUAGUGGGGAAUGGCAUUGUGGAAAGUGCUUGUUGAUAACCAAUGGCAAGCCGCUGCCCCCUAAAUAUGGUCGUGUAAUGCGGAAUACCAAUUCCUCUAAAAUGCCUACAAUUGCAGCAGCAGUUCAGUCAUCUGGGGAUAGAAAAGCUUUUGGUUCUGAUGAGAAGGGUGGACAGUCGAGGAUAAUGCGGAAUCGAAAUGUCACAUUGCAGAAUUCCACUACCAAUGGCAUGGAAAGUAACCUUAAUCAACUACCGUCUGGGCGGAAGAUGGAAAAUGACCAAAGAAUGGGAGGAAAUGAUAAUGUGUCCGGUAAGGGAAAUGUGGAGAGUAAAGUUUCUCCUGCAAGUAAUUUGACUUCGGGAAUAUGUUCAAAUAAUUUGUCGGUGUCUUCCAAUGAUAACGGUUUCUCUCCUGCUCGCUCGAUGAUUGAUAGGUCUUUUGAAGAGAAGGUAGUUGAAGUGAACUCUCAGCCUCCUGCGAAAUCCGAAACAGUUUUCAUCUCAUUUGAUCACUCGCAAGCCAAUCCCCUGCAAGCCAAUGGCCAUGCACAGGUAGCGAAUAGUGUAGAGAUGCCUUCACAGCAGUUUCCUGUUAGUCUGUCCAUGGUCAAUGAUUCUAAGCAAUCUAGUGCUGGAGCAGGUUUGACUAAUAGUUCAAGUGAUGAAUGUAAAAGAGAAAAUCAAGGUGUCGGACUGACAAAUCAUGGUGAAACUCCUAUUGCCAGAAAUUGUGAUGCUGAAUGUGUUAGCUCAAAAUCAGAUCACUUUCAUAGCGUUGAUUGGAUUGGCAAUGUGCUUCAAGUUGCGGAUGAGAAGCAAUAUUACCAAUCCUGUCGCUGCAAUGGGUUCAUAUACAAUGUUCAAGAAUAUGCUGUUAUCCGUUUUGAGGAUGAGAGAUUGAUUCCUUCAAAGCUUCUGGCUAUGUGGGAGGAUAUAAAAACAGGAAUGAAAUGGGUUACUGUCAAUCGGUGUUACUUCUCAAGGGACUUGCCACAUGCUGUAGGCCGUCCAUGUAGCUUGGAAAGCAAUGAGGUUUAUUUGUCUAAUUGUAGUAGCACGAUAAUGGCUGGCCAGAUACAAGGUCCAUGUGAAGUACUUCCUCCGAGCAAGUUUAACGAAGAAAGAGAGAGGAGAUCUCACCUAGAAACAAGGCCUAAUGGUGGAUUACAGCCUCUCUACAUAUGCAAAUGGAUUUAUGAUGAAUCGAAAGGGCUAUUCCGUGAUGUAUCAUAUGUUGAUUAAGGGUCAGAUGUCACUCCUCUAUGUUGCCACUGUUCAAAUUCCAGGCAAAUCCUUGGUUUUUAUGUGGAAGAAGGUAGAAUCGCGGAUUCAUUAUCCAUCUAGUUUCAUGCCAACUUCAAAAUCUUAGUAUUGAAGUGUAAAGGUAGAGUAGCAGGCUCAUUCUCCAUCGUGUUUCGAGCUCACAAAAUCCUGGUAUAAAAAUGGAAGAUGGAGUGGUGGGCUCAUUGUCCAUCGAGUUUUGAACUGUGCGCCGGCUGGUCCUCGAGAUAUUUAACUUAAUUAAGUAGCUAGCAUUUUGACUAAGCUGCCUCAUAGUAUUUUUUUUUUUUUUUUUUGUGCUCAAGUUUAAAGAUCAUGUUACUUUUAAAACUACAAGCCUAUUAUGUCUGCUACUUAAUUUGCAGUUUGAAUAAAUAUCCCAGAAAUUGAUGCUCUUUUUUC